AUGGCUUCGUCUGCUCCGGUCAAGACUGCUGGCGAAGCAGUGGCGAGAAUUGCCUACCUGGCCAGCGAUGUUGUCAUUUCGGUCCAGCCGUCGCUGAGCGCGGAUUCCGAGUUCUCGGAGCAACUGAAGAGCCUCGAGAAGAAAAAGGUGCCAAGCAUCAUUGCAUCGACAGCUGAUGCUGUUCCUGAGAUCCAAACAGUGCGGUUUAACACGGACCCCCUGCUCUCAGUCUUCGGCCCCAUCCGGUCAGGUCGUCUGGUCUCGGUCACGACCAGCUCUGUGAUCCUGCUCUCUUCAGUGUCGCACCUUUACAAACUCGCCAACUUCCCGGUUGUUCUUCACGUGGCGCUCCACCCCGACCAGUUCCCAGACUACUCAUCCAUCACAGCAAUUCGCAAUGCUGGCUGGACCUUCCUGCAGUCCGGCUCCGUUCAGGAAGCCCAGGACAUCGGCCUGACAGCUCACGCUCUUGCUAUCCGUUCAGGAAAGGGCGUUGUGCAUUUCUUCAGCGCUACCGUCCAGGCGGAGACUGCGCCGGUUGCCCCCGAGGACUCAGAGAUUGUCCGGGAAAUUCUGAACAUCGAUAACGCUCGUCGUUUCCAGGCGGCCCCUGUCUCCGGCACGGCCAUUUAUGCCGAUGAAGGCCGCAUAGCCGUCGUAUCAGACGCUCUCGAGACAGCAACUCCCGCUGCUCAGUCAGCGGUGGCAAGCAGCCUCCAGCUCCCUGUGGACCCGAGCACAGCGUCCACCAGGGCAUCCGAACAGUCCAGCCUUUUGAGCACCACGAGCUCGCCGGCGCCGAUCUCCCCAGCGACGACGAUCGAGCCCAGUGUGCCUGCCAUCACCUCAGAUGACAUUUACAAGUAUGUGUCGACUAUCUGGAGCCAGCUGGAGAGACUUGUCGGCCGCAAGUACAGCGCUUUUGAGUGGACCGGCCCUGCCAACGCCGAGAACUGCCUGUUCGUUUUUGGCUCUGAUCCUACGCUAUUUUCGACAGCCGAGAUCGCCGCAUCGACCAACACCGGUGUCCUGACCCCACGGCUGUACCGGCCGUGGCUGGGCUCCAAGCUCUUAAACGCCUUGCCCAAGACUGUGCGAAGGAUUGCCGUCCUGGAGCAGAUCAGCCGCAAGACAACGAAGUGGGGCCCGACGUUGCUGGACGUCUUGACUACGGUGAAGAGCGGCCCUGGCGGUGUUGAGACCAUUGUCGGCUACCAGGUCGGCUACCUCACGCGCGAGACUGUGGCCGAGGCCCUGCGCACCGUCCACGAAAACCUGACGGCGACCAAGCCGGUGCAGAACCUGAAGAUCGGUGCGCAGGAGAUCCCAGAGGUUACCGAAGUGUCGUAUACUCUAGAGCAGCCCAAGACCGAAACGGCAUACACCAAGAUCCUCAACCAGCUCUUCAACGACCGGCUCUACGUGGCAAAUGCGCUGGGCUCAGAGAAUGCUGGUAUCUCCAGCACGGUUGCUGCGACUCCUGAGUUUGGCUUCGGUUCCCUCCUUGCGCGGAAGGAGCACCGGCAACGAUUCGUGGCCGAUGUAAAGCGGGCUGCCGUGUCGGAUACGUUCCUGACCGCGGCGCCGAACCGCCUGCUUACUCGUUGGGCCGCAGUGGCCAACGACUCCAAGAAGGCGGAUGAGGUUGCCGACGAGGUUCUGGCGCAAUUUAAGAUCGACCGCUCAGCGGCAUCCCGCAAGCUGCUGGAGAACAAGCACUUUUUCCACAACGAGUCGCUGUGGCUGGUAGGUUCGGAUGCCUGGUCUUACGAUCUGGGCAACUCUGGUGUGCACCACGUGCUGGCAUCUGGUGAGAACGUUAAUGUUCUCAUCAUCGACUCGACGCCGUAUUCCGAACGUGUUGCGGCAGAUGCGAGUCGGAGAAAGAAGGACAUUGGGCUGUACGCAAUGAACUUUGGCAACGCAUACGUUGCCUCCGUUGCCGUGUACAGCUCCUACACGCAGGUUCUGCAAGCCAUGGAUGAGGCCAGCAAGUUUAACGGACCGUCUGUUGUGCUGGCGUACCUGCCGUACUUUGGCGAGCAUGAUUCGCCACUGACGAUUCUGCGCGAGACCAAGUCUGCAGUGGACCUGGGCUACUGGCCUCUGUACCGGUGGAACCCGAAGAACGAGGAGAAGGGAGAGGCCAACUUCUCGUUGGACUCGGAGCGCAUCAAGAAGGAGCUCAAGCAGUUCUUGGACCGCGACAACAAGCUCACGCAGCUGAUGCAGAAGGAGCCCACUUUUGCUGCGACUCUUGCUCAGGACUUUGGAACUGAGGUUCGCGACCAGCAGAAGCGCAAGGCUCGGGAUGCCUACAACGUGCUGCUCGAGGGCCUGUUUGGUGCACCGCUUACCAUCUUGUAUGCGUCCGACAACGGCAACGCGACGACCUUGGCGAAGCGGCUUGGCAACCGGGGCCGUUCGAGAGGCCUGAAGACCACCGUCAUGGCGAUGGAGGACUACCCGCUGGAAGAUCUCUCAACGGAGGAGAACAUUAUCUUCAUUAGCUCCACCGCAGGCCAGGGCGAAUUCCCGCAGAACGGUCGUGCUUUCUGGGAUGCCAUCAAGGACAACAACGAGCUGGACUUGGCGGGUGUCAACUACUCCGUUAUGGCUCUUGGCGACAGCCACUACUGGCCCCGGAAGGAAGACAAGGUGUACUACAACAAGCCGGGCAAGGACCUGGAUAAGCUGCUGGCUAACCUCGGGGCCAAGCGGCUGGCGGAUAUUGGUCUGGGCAACGACCAGGACCCGGAUGGCUUUCAGACUGGGUACCAGGAAUGGGAGCCGAAGAUCUGGCAGGCUCUGGGCGUGGACAAGGUCGAGGGCCUGCCGGAGGAGCCGGCACCACUGACGAACGAGGACAUGAAAAUACAGUCAAACUAUCUGCGUGGCACGAUCGUCGAGGGCCUGAACGACACGACGACCGGAGCGAUCAGCGCGUCGGACCAGCAGCUGACCAAGUUCCACGGCACAUACAUGCAGGAUGACCGGGACCUCCGGGACGAGCGCAAGGCGCAGGGCCUGGAGCCGGCGUACUCGUUCAUGAUUCGGUGCCGGCUGGCUGGCGGAGUGUCGACGCCGAAGCAGUGGGUGCAGAUGGACGACAUCAGCAACGAGCUGGGCAACGAGACGAUGAAGUUGACGACGCGGCAGACGUUCCAGUUCCACGGGGUGGUCAAGGGCAAGCUCAAACCGGCGAUGCAGGCGAUCAACCGGGCGCUGAUGACGACGCUGGCGGCGUGUGGUGACGUGAACCGCAACGUGAUGUGCAGCUCGCUGCCGACGCAAUCGAGCUACCACCGCGAGGUGCUGGCGUGCUCGCAGCGCAUCAGCGACCACCUGCUGCCGGCCACGACGGCGUACCACGAGAUCUGGCUGACGGACGACGACGGCAAGAAGACGCAGGUGGCCGGUGACGCGGUGCAGGACUACGAGCCGCUGUACGGGCCGACGUAUCUGCCGCGCAAGUUCAAGAUCACGAUCGCGAUUCCACCACACAACGACACGGACGUGUAUGCGCACGAUGUGGGCCUGGUCGCGAUUGCAGGCGCGGACGGCAAGCUGGCUGGCUUCAACUUGCUCGCGGGCGGUGGCAUGGGCAGCACGCACAACAACAAGAAGACAUACCCGCAGACGGGCCGGAUGUUUGGGUUCGUGCUGCCGGAGGACGUACAAAUUGCGUGUGAGAAGAUCAUGCUGGUGCAACGCGACUUUGGCGACCGCAAGAACCGCAAGCACGCGCGUCUCAAGUACACGAUUGACGACCUCGGGGUGGACGUGUUCAAGGGCAAGGUGGAGGAGCUGUGGGGCAAGACGUUUGCAGCGCCGCGGCCGUUCCACUUCGAUUCCAACGUGGACACGUUUGGGUGGCAGCGUGACGAGAGGGGCCUGAACCACUUUACGUGCUUUGUGGAGAACGGGCGGAUCGAGGACACGCCGACGUUUCAGAUGAAGACGGGGCUGCGCGAGAUUGCAAAGGUGCUGAAGGGCGAGUUCCGGCUGACAGGCAACCAACACGUGAUGAUCAGCAAUGUGGCGGACGAGGACCUGGACGAGAUCAAGGCGCUGAUGAGCAAGUACAAGCUGGACAACGUGCAGUUCUCGGCGCUACGGCUGAGUUCGUCGGCCUGCGUGGCUUUCCCGACCUGCGGACUGGCGAUGGCCGAAUCGGAGCGGUACCUGCCGGUGCUGAUCGGGAAGCUGGAGGACUGUCUGGAAGAGAACGGACUGCGGCAGGACUCGAUUGUGAUGCGCAUGACGGGCUGUCCCAACGGCUGCGCGCGGCCGUGGCUGGCCGAGGUGGCGUUUGUGGGCAAGGCCUACGGAGCUUACAACAUGUACCUCGGCGGCGGCUACCACGGACAGCGGCUCAACAAGCUGUACCGGUCAAGCAUCAAGGAGGAGGAGAUUCUGGCGAUCAUGAAGCCGCUGCUGAAGCGGUAUGCGCUGGAGCGGCAGGAGGGUGAGCGCUUCGGCGACUUCUGCAUCCGCAUCGGCAUGAUCAAGGCCACGCGAGAUGGCCGGGACUUCCACGAUGAUAUUCCCGAGGACGAGUCGGACGAGGAAUGA